GCCCCAACCACAACACCCCGCCGCCUCAAUCCCACCGCCGCCGGCCUCCUCCUCCUCUAGCGCCGCUGCUCCAGCCCCUCACCUUCUCAGCCUGGAUCCGCGCGACAAGGUGUGGGGCUAUGGGAGAGAAGGCUCCAUAUCGCACGACAAGGUGAGGGGGCGCCCAGAUCCACAGCGGCACCACCGCGCCCUCGUCCACCUGGGCCUCGAGGUCGGCCAUGGAGGUCUGGCCCGACCAAUGGAUGGAUGGGGAUGAAACUCUAGCCCAACACCCACCCAUGGAUGGAUGGGGAUGGGGCGACGACGACGGCGGCGGCGGCCUUCUCUCGGUGCUUGCUGAUGUGGUGGACAUCGACGUCGGUGACGGGUUGCAGCACGUAGACAUCAAAGGCUGCGGGUGUGACGGAGGAGCACCAUGGCAGGCUUGCAGCCCAUGGCUCGCUAUGGAAGGCCCUUUGCUUCCCUCUCUCUGUUCGGGCCAUGCUCAUGCAGUCUUUUCUCUUCUCUUCCCGCAAAAAAAGUAUUUUAUCUUCAUGAUCUGAACAUGUUGGAGGCCAUUA